AUGCGCGUAAAGAUCGAAAGUGUUGCACCAUUACCAACCGUGAAGGCAUGGUACAGCGUACACUCUGUCUCAUCAGUUUCGGAAAUGAAAGCUAGGCUUUGCUCUGAGCUCCAACCCUUCCAUGGCCGCGUUCGUGCACAAGACAUCGUUCUCGUCUUGGAAGACUUCGAGCUUCUCGACUCCAGUCCGAUAGAUGUAGUUAGAGAUGGAGACCUCAUCGUUGUCCGACACGUCCCAGCGGUAUCCUUCCACAAGCGCAAGGCAUCUACGGAUGAAGCAGGUCCCGUUCGGAAGCGGUCGAAGCACCCGAGCGACACCACACCACUGCCUCCAGUGCUCCGAGCCGCGUCUCGAAAACUGCAGCUAAAUGUUUCAACGAAACGUGCGGCUAUACAUGCCGAUGCUUCGUUGACCUCAGAUUCAGAGUCGACUUCUUCCUCCGAAUCAGAAUCAGAAUCAGAGUCCAAACCCAAAUCUGACUCCAGCUCGUCAGACUCUGAUUCAAACAGUUCAGACGGCUCUUCAUCUUCGUCCUCUGCGUCCGCUCGCGCUGGCAUGUUGGCCGUCACGAAAGCCAAGGUCGGGACACCUGCUGAAAGGUCAGCGCCAGCCACGCAUAAGUCGAACCAGAGAACUGAAACACGUCAUGUACCACCAGGAGAGGGAAAGCCUGGGACGCACAAUCGCAACAUCCGACGCCGCCGCAAGCGGAUGUACGAACGUCUAGCGGCGACGGCGGAACCUGCUAGCGUCAACGCGAUUCCACUGGGCUCUAAGGUCCACUCUCUCGUCCCGUCGCAACGCGAGACAACAAAUCUACCGCGGACAGAGGAAGAGCAGUCUGUCACCCCGUCUAAUGAAGCUAAUGCUGCUCCAGCAUUCAUGAUGGCGAGCCUGCAGAAUAAAAACAAGCGCAGAGGUUUCAAGAAUGCGUUGGCUUUCGGCGUACCUGCCAAAAUUGUUUUCUCUUCUCCGGAAGAGGUGUCCGCGGAUACAGCUCGCAUCGAGGUCGGGGCUGCGCAGGAUGUACUUCCAUUCUCUCGUGCGCAAGGCAACGAGGUCGCAGAUGCGAUCCGCUCGACUAGCUUCGUGCGUUUGGUCCCACCGUCGGAGAAAGAGGAACGCGGGCAGCUGCCUCCAAACAUGUUCAUCACGAGCGUCGAUGUUGAGGAGGGCUUGCCUGCUAAGAAAAGGAAGAAGCAAAGCAAGGUGAAAGCGUGGGAGAAGGAUGCUACCGCGGAAGACAGCUACCUGCCAUACGAUGAGCCUGACGAGGCACUCGGUGCUGAUACGAUGGGUGCUUCUGCUGGUUGCAACUCUGUAACGGAAUCUCAGUUGUCGCCUUCGUUUGAUCGAGGUAUUGUCGAGGGGCGAUGGAGUUCACUGACAAAAAUUACUGCUCCAGCGCAACUGCAAGUAGGGUGUAAAGUUGCAUGGAAGGCACUCGGGAUCAACCCUAACACCUUCACACCUGAGAUGCUUCUCAACGUCGGACGUGUUGUAUCAUACGAAGACCAGCUAGUGGUGAAACCGUUGGAGGAGCACGGCGCAGUGGAGGUAUCCUUCGGAGGGUUGGUCGUCGGCGAGGACUCCGGAAGUGUCGAGGAAAGGUAUGACUGGCAGGAUGUGCUACAGGCGGAUUGGCGACUGGUGGCAUAUCGGGUAAAGACAAGAGAGGCUGGUGCUGAUUAA